AUGGACAUCGACAAACUGUUCAAGGUUCCCAAGAUGCCUGCAGGCAGUAAUAAACGCAGGAUGCCUGACAAUCCCACCCCGGAGAUGCUCAAACGGAUGCGUAUGGACACCGAGGAUAGUAGUGUCACAACCCCCAGCAGUACGCACGAUGACGCACCAAGCAAACACAAUCCGCGUGCGGCAUACGUGCGUGACGAAGAAGAUGAAGAGGCUGAAGCAGCUGAGGGCGCUUUUGCUCCGGGAGGCGAUGCGGAUUACUUCGCGGAGGAAGACGAGGAGGGUCGUUUCUUCGGUGGCGGCCUGACAAAAGAGCAGAAGGAUAUCCUCAACAUAUUUGACAAGGCCGGUGGGGAAGAGGCUCGAGAAGACCUCGAAGAGCUGUCGUUGCCCGGCAUCCGGAGGUUAUUACUUCGUUUUGAGCGUGCAGCCAAUAAGAACCAGGAUCAACGUUCCAAGUACCCAGAUGAUCCAACAAAAUUCAUAGACUCUGAAGCCGACCUCGACGCCGCAAUCAAAGGUCUGCUACCUCUCGCCCAAACCCCCCUUCUGUCGUAUCCUGAGUUCGUCAAAACCGGUGGUGUUGCGCGCCUUGUCGGCCUGCUGACACAUGAAAAUGCCGAUAUCGCCAUCGACAUUGUGGAGGUUGUGCACGAGUUGACGGAUGAGGAAGUUGGGAACGAGAUCGAGGAGGGCGAGGAGGGUGAGGGGACCAGGGAGGAGGCCCUGAAGAUGCUCGUUGAGGCCCUGAUGGAAAACAACAUAUUCGAGUUACUUGUCAACAACUUGAGCAGGCUGAACGAGGCUGAAGAGACCGAUAGGUCAGGCGUCUUUCAUAUCCUAGGCAUCUUCGAGAAUUUGCUUGGCUUCAAUGCCGACUUUGCACCCCUACUCGUCUCCAAGACACCUAUCAUGAAGUGGAUCCUCAACCGGAUCCAGUCAAAAGCACAUGUUGAGAACAAGGGAUAUGCAGCAGAACUACUGUCUAUUCUCCUGCAAAACAACCGAGCAAACCGCCUAGAGCUUGGUAAUCAGGAUGGUGUCGACGCGAUCCUGAAAGUACUCUCGCAAUAUCGGCGUCGGGAUCCAGUUGAUGCCGAUGAGACUGAGUUCAUGGAGAAUGUUUUCGACUCGUUAUGCUCGGCGCUCGCAGAGCCAGAGAUCAAGAAGCUCUUCCUCGACAGCGAAGGUGUGGACCUCAUGGUGCUCAUGAUGAAGGAGAAGAUGCAGUCUCGUUCGCGAUCCAUCAAAGUCUUAGACUACGCAAUGUCACGACAAGCAGGAACAGCUACUUGCGAGGUAUUCGUCGAGGCCCUCGGGUUGAAGACACUGUUCGCGACCUUCAUGGGCAAGACGUCCAAAAAGUCAAAAGCCGUUGUGCCAGCGUCUGAGGAUGUAUCACAUACCCUCGGUAUUGUGUCGUCCUUAUUUUCCAACCUCCCUUCAGACUCGUCUGCACGGAUACGUCUGUUGACCAAGUUCGUCGAAAACAACUAUGAGAAGGCCGAGAAGUUGCUGGAAAUAAGAGACUCCGCCCAAGGCCGUCUCAAGACGAUCGACAAGGAUAUUGACACUGAGAGAAAGGAGAUACUUGCCCAGGGUGAGGAGAUAGAUUCGGAAGAAGAGGACAUGUGGUACCUCCGACGAUUAGAUGGUGGACUGUUUACGCUGCAGACUGUUGACUACAUCCUAGCUUGGAUCGUUAUGGAAGACGAUGGCAUCCGAGCACAUGUGCAACAGAUGCUCAGCAGGAGAAACAAGACGCUCAAGGACAUUGCAAACACGUUGCAAAUUUACCAUGACAAUGUCGACGAGAACGAUGAUGUGAGCGGUCAAGACGGCGCCCCAUCACGCAAAGAAAUCCUGCGCAAUCUGAUUGCCUUCCUGGAAGGGUGCUGA